AUGAACGAAAUAGAUCCCCAGGACCCAAUAUUGAAUUGGCAGAUAUACCUGACUGAGUUUGAUCUACAUCGAGAGCUAAGCCAGGUAACUAAACGUGGGUCAGAUUCCAAGCCACAAGAGGGGGCCGAACUGGGUGCUGCAAAAGACGGUACAUUAGGUCGUUCAAAGCCUUCCUUAGAAUCUGACCUGGAACCGACCUCUCAAGCCUAUCAGCCGGCUGAUAUUGACUUGAGCGAUCUCGAUUCCGCCUAUGAUGAGUUCAUGAGAAAUUUGACUCCGUGCUCGUCCAUGUGCACAAUGACAUCCCAAGUGGUGAACAGUAUACCCUAUAGUGAAAGAGCUCUUGAUAGAAUAUUCAAUAGAAACUUGCACACUGAGCAGAAUGAAGAUGAGGAAACAGACAUCGAUGCAUCUGUUACUUCUACUUCUACUGCUGCCGAUGCCUGCGCUACUUAUUCCAACACCAAAAUAGAACUCCUCAGAUCUUCUACUGGUGAGAGAUAUGUUCUUACUUUGAACGAUUUGGUCGACUAUGUGCACAAAGAACUUUACGAAGAGAUCGAACAAUACAAGAUUACUAGAGAUAAAGUGCUUCAAAGUCUAACGGUGAACCACUUGCUCAUCUAUAUCCUAAAUCACGAUAGACUGGAGAAUCUUCACUACAUCGACCAAGUCAGAUUGUUCCACCUAGGUAGGUCUUACAAGGCUGACCGUGGGAUUUCAGACCCAAGGUACUUCACUCUGCAGUAUUUCCUCAAGGAUUUGAAUUUGAGGCUGUCACCUUGUUUCCACCUUUUCAUCGGUGAGCACGAGGCUGAUACCCAAAGUGAAUACUACCCUUCCACAGCCAAGAAAAUGCUACUUAAGUCGUUUGUUUGGAGAGAGAUUGUACGUCCAGUUAAUGUGUCGUCAACAUAUGCUGAGGCCUUAAUGGUAAAGUUGAAAAGGGUGAAGUCUAAUAUGCGUAUGCCGACGAGCACAAUAAGUGAAUCCGAUAAAUACUCACAACAGGUUAAUAGAGCCCAUGCGAAAUCUAGAAUAAAGAUAAGAAUUCAUCUCAGAAAGGUUUUAGGGGAGCUUUCCCACAAGGUUCAGAGAGCCUGA